UUUUGUAGUAAGCAAGUUUCCUAAGAGAUGGCGUGAUGUCAACAAUGAUCAGUUAUGGCUGCACUACACGGUACCUGAUGUUUUGUGGAGGACUACAAGGUUGUUGAGCAAGCGUCGUAAGCAAAGUUCGAUACAUAGUUAAUCUGAUGUAAUGCCAAUUCAAGUGCCACCAUGGACAGAGUUUCUCUCCUGCCCAGUAUGUUGCAAUGAAUUUGAUGCUACUCUUCGAAGUCCCAUUAGUCUAGGAUGUGGACAUACAGUUUGUAAGACUUGUCUUUCUAACUUACAUCGUAAACAAUGCCCAUUUGAUCAGACUAUUAUCAAUACAGGUAUUGAAAACUUGCCUGUGAAUAUUGCAUUACUUCAACUUGUGGGUGCCAGUGUGCCAGAAGGGGAAGGAAAUGGAGACAUAAAACAUCUUACUAAAGAAGAUUUAAAGAACUAUCUACAGGCAAAAAAAUGUAUCGAGGAACUAGCUUUGUACUUGAAGCCGUUUUCUUCAGGAAACAGCAAUGGUGGAACAAGUGUACUAUCAAGACCAAUGCAACGCAAGUUGGUAACCUUAAUCAAUUGUCAGUUGAUGGAAGAAGAAGGUCGAUCUCGAGCAAUGAGAGCUGCAAGAUCUUUAGGAGAACGGACUGUUACGGAGUUAAUUUUGCAACAUCAAAAUCCCCAACAGCUCUCAGCUAAUUUGUGGGCCGCUGUUCGUGCAAGAGGCUGCCAAUUUCUUGGGCCUGCAAUGCAAGAAGAAGUGUUGAAACUGGUUUUAUUAGCUUUAGAAGAUGGCUCAGCACUAUCUAGAAAAGUUCUUGUAAUGUUUGUUGUGCAAAGAUUAGAGCCUCAUUUUCCACAAGCAUCGAAAACAAGUAUAGGACAUGUGGUUCAACUGUUGUAUAGAGCAUCAUGUUUCAAGGUGUCAAAAAGAGAAGGAGAUUCUUCAUUAAUGCAGUUAAAAGAAGAAUUUCGUACUUAUGAAGCUUUACGUCGCGAACAUGAUGCACAGAUUGUGCAGAUAGCUACUGAAGCAGGCUUGCGUAUUGCACCUGAUCAGUGGUCUGCACUUCUCUAUGGUGACACAGCUCAUAAAUCUCAUAUGCAGAGCAUUAUUGACAAACUUCAGACACCUCAAUCAUUUGCUCAGUCAGUUCAAGAGUUAGUAAUUGCAUUACAGCGAACUGGUGAUCCAGGGAAUCUUUCUGUCCUGCGCCAGCAUUUGGAACUCCUAGCAUCAAUUGAUCCAAGUCCAGAGUCCAGUUCUCCUUCAUGGUGUGAGGGUUGUGCAGCUUUGGAAGCGGUGAAAAUUGUUGUUAUGGGACUUGUUGAUUUUAUUCAACACCAUGGAAGCCGAAAACUUCAAGAGCCUGGUCAUCCACAUAAUACAAAAUACAAAAUCAGCAUGUGUAGAGACCACACAUUGAGGGGUAGUUGUCCCCGUGGGACCAAUUGUACAUUUGCUCAUUCUGAGGAGGAACUGGAAAAAUAUCGGGCGCGAAAUCGGAAAUGUGUAGUGAGGCCAGCCUCAGGAUUUGGUAAAGUUGCCGAUUCUAAUGUAGAAAACACACCGGAGUUCCAUAAUGCAGACAAAGUGUUUGUACAGACAGAUGAUUUACUUUACUCAGCAACAACACCGACAAUUACUCCUGCUCCGUUUGAGAAUUCGGUUCUCAGAGAAGGAUAUCCACCAACGUCGCGAGGUAUUCAGGUUCCAGCACCUGUUGCUACUGCUGUGGCACGUCCCCCACUGGGUGUACCAAUGCCUAGAGUUGGGUAUGAAUAUCUUCCUUAUACUGCGGCUUAUCCUCUUGGUUCUCAAUCCGCGUCGGUUUAUCGGGCUUCACAGAGUCAUCGUUUCCCUCAGACUCAAGGAUCAUUCACUCCUACUGUAUACAAUGCUCCUCACAACUUGGUGCUGAACUCUGGUGGACAAAUGUAUGUGUCCCCUCCUCAGCCAUCCUAUGCUGCUUCUUCGCAUGAUCAUCGAGCUAUUGAACCUGGGGGGACUAUGAGCUCUUCCUGGGAGCAUAAUACCAAGCCGGUUUUUGUUAGUGGAACACUUCAACCACCAUGGAUGUAUUCAUCUUCAUGUGCAGUAUCAAAGAAGGUGGCUUCUAAAAGCCUAGCAGCUCUUCAACAGAGGAAGCAAGAAAUUAUUACACAGUUAGAAAAAGUUGUUGGGAAGUCAGCAGCAUCCGCUAUUUCAAGCUCCGCAUGCUCUCAGGCAAGAGAAGCUACUGUAUUUCCUUCUACUGAAAAGGAAAUAUGCACUUCAACGUAUUCUAUUUGGACAUCCGGAGGAAUAUUACAUACGGGUAGAGGAAGUGGUUCCCAAGUGAGUCAUUUAGCAUCUGCCGGUCAUCCAGCAGCUCUUUAUAGGUCUGAAGGUGUACUACCCGACGAUGAAUUUAUUCCAUUCGAUCCACCUAUAGUCAGCAAGUAUGGGCCGAUUUCCCGCAUGUCCAAAACAAUUCUAAGACCAAGUAGUACAGUUCAAGUUUCAGCGUCUUUCGGAGAAGGGACCAUAUCGACACCAGUGGUGUGCAGGCCAGUCCCAGCUGCAAGUCCUAUGGCUUCUUGGUAUCUUAAUACAGCACAAGGACCUGUUCAUUCAUCUGCUCUAACCAGCAGUCAUCAUGUUGUGACACCUGGACUGACGUCUAAUGGUCUUGGUGAUGGCUAUAUUACAAUUGGCCAUGGAAUAAUUGAUCCGCCGCAGUUGUUUCUUCAAAAUCGAAAUUCUGAAUGUGCUUCAGAAACGCUUCUUCUGGAAUCUCAGCGACUCGCAACUGAAGGUGUUGUGUUGAGUGAAGGAGAAAAACUUACUCAGGAACUUCAACUUAUUGAGCAGGGCAUUUGUGAAAAGGAAAAAGAACUACGUCUGAAUUACCUGAUGUCUGCAUCAUUACCUUCUCCUUCAAUUGCUACUGUUACCCUAAACAACAAUGGGGCAUUGAAUUGGGGCUUGAAAUCCCAUGGAGAGUGCAGAAGUGAUGAUGAGGAUACAUAUGAAGCUGGCAUAGCAAAUGAUAUGUUAGAAUUGGAAAGACGAUGGGAAUUCGAACUUGAGGAACAAGAAAAGCGGUGGUCUAGUGAAGAAGAAACGGGCAAGAAACAUUUUCUUGUGCAUGCAAGUGAAGAAAAUGCAAAAAAAUAUAUUAUGUACAAGUCAAUGACACAUCUGGAUUCUCUAGCUGAGUUUUUAAUUGAA